UUGGGAUAGGGCUGAUAAAACAUUUGUGUUUUGCGAGAUGCACAAAACGCAUCCAGACAUUGCUUUUAAAGGAUCAAAUAAAGGCUAUAUUUUAAGCAACAUACUGCCCUAAGUGUCCUGGAGUGCAAGAGCCUGUAAAUGUGAUUUGCUUGCCCAAAUGAGGGUCUAAGGUGCUCAUCACACAGUAGCGCCCUGGAUGGAAUUUAUGCCACGACCAAGUCGAGCAUAUCGUUUAUUUGGGGGAAAGAGAAUAUACUUUAUUGAGUGAAUAAGAGGGGAGAAAUGCCUUGUUAGCCUUCACCCUCCGCCUUCGACCUGACAGAACAGAGAAGAAAGAUCACAGGUCUGUGGUUUGGGCUAGAGGAUGUGGAAGCAGAAGCCAGCGAUCAUAAGUUGAGGCACAAAAGGAAGAACAUUUGGAAAAGGAGAAGUGAAAGAGGCUGAGCGGAGGCUAAUGAGCACAAUGGCAUCUUACUGACCUUCUACUUGGGCCCUUAGAUGGGGAAUUCUCUGGGCAGCGAUAUCUGUGGUACGACAACACCAUCACACUUUCAUUCCCUUACUAAUUGCUUUGGAUUUUCUUAUUUGUGCUUCAUUCAGAGUCCUUCAGGUGUACAUCAGUGGCAUAACUAGGGGCAAAUGGGCCCCACUUUCAAAUACGUACUGGGUCCAGACCAUUUGCUCUGGGGCCCUCUCCACCUUCCUCCUUAUGGUGCACACUUCCAGUUAUACCCCCUCUGCUUUCCCAUUAGCUACACCACUGUGGUAUGUCCAGCUAGUUCUGAACAAGAUAGUUUUAGUAGAAACCUCCAGUGUGUUGUCAGACAGCUGCUCUGAGAUUUCAGCCCAGACCCUGAUGUCAUGGAUGUUACAUCGCCAACAACUACAAGUCCCAAAAUCCUUUAUGUCCCUGGGGGUGGGGAGGAGGCUACAGUACAAGCACCACCAGGCAAGUCUGUCCUCAGAUUACAUGUGUUGCCAUUCCUAUUGGAUUGUUGUGCUGCCAGUUAGUGACUGGCAGGUGGUGUGGGCUGCCCUACUGUGUUACAUGGGGUAAACAGCAUGUGCAUUCUCUGUCUAAAAAUAACUCUUGGGAUGCUUGCUGGGAGAAGUCUGAUUUCAGCUCGUGUAGAUACAGGAAGAACCUGGCUGCCCUGUUCUUUGUGCCUUGUGUCCACCCUGUUCUUCUGUGCCAAGCAGGGCCUCUCCGGUUCAAACACACUAGAACUUUUGGGGUUCUGCAAACAUGCCAGUGCCCCAGAAACGCAUCAGGUUCCGGGACAGGAAUAACGUUCUGGCCAGGCCAGAGUUUAUAACACUUAACCAACCCAUGGGUGCUCAACCAGAAGCCAGAAACUCCGGUAAGAAACCAAGUGGGCAAGCUGGUGGCAACACCAGUGAGAAUGCCAGGGAGCGGCGCCAGAGCCAGCAGCCUCCAGAAGAGGACUGCAUGCAGCUGAACCCAUCAUUUAAAGGCAUCGCCUGGAACUCUCUCAUGGCCAUCGACAUCUGCUUGUCCAAACGUUUGGGUGUCUGCGCCAACAGCACCUCUUCUUGGGGAGGUGCCCGUUCCAUGGUUAGACUGAUUGGGGUAACCAGUCAUGGCUUUCCCUGGAUUGGGGGAACCCUAUUGUGCUUGUGGAAGAGCAGUACCCUAGCAAGGAGAGAAGUGCUGAUGAACCUUCUUCUUGCUCUGAUGUUGGACAUUCUCACAGUGGCCGGAGUACAGAAGCUUUUUAAGCGACGUGGCCCAUAUGAGAUGACCCCUGGAAUUCUAGACUACCUGCUACUUGACGUCUAUGCUUUUCCUGCAGGACAUGCCAGUCGAGCUACCAUGGUUUCCAAGUUUUUUCUCAACCACCUAGUGCUCGCUAUCCCUCUCCGCAUCCUUUUGGUCCUGUGGGCUUUCAUUGUUGGACUGUCCCGAAUCAUGAUUGGCCGCCAUCAUAUUAGCGAUGUCCUUUUUGGGUUUAUCAUUGGUUACAUGCAGUUUAACCUUGUGGAGGUUCUAUGGCUCUCAUCCAACACUUGUCAGAUGUUGGCUUCUCUUUGGUGAGCCAGACAUUAUAAUGGUGCUUGUUGGCCAAGUCAAGAAAGCCAUCUCUGGACUCUAGAGAGACCUUUAAGCACAAUGCAAGGACAUAGUAGUUGAAAUUGGAAAAAAAGGAUACAUCUUUCUAGUUUGGUCUCUGGAAAGCACAGAACAUGUGAGUGGGUCCUCAGAGUCAGGGUCUCUGGCAAUGCCUGGAGGCAAAGUCCGAGUACCACUACAAAGGGGUUGUACAAUUUCAUUAGGCCAUGCCAUUAACAGGCCAGAUUUUUGUGUGUAGUGGGAAUAGAUACACGUGAAGAGAGAUAUGUCUUAAAUUAUUGCUGUAGAGAGGGUACAGAUGGGAGGGCUUAAAAGGGAACUCAAAAACUGGCAUUAUGUAAAAAAACUGGUUUGUUGUUCUUACAGAGGAGGAGGAUUUGCUUGAAGAAUUGAGAAUGACAAAGUCUAGUGGGCAAGUCUGAUGAAGUAAUAUCAUGAUGAUUCAAGAGGUCUCAUGCUAGUCUUCUCUGUAGACAGUAAUAGAUGGUAAUGCUAGCAGGGGCUGUACGUCGAAUUUGAACAUGAUGGGUGGCGAUGCAGUAAAGUUGCUUCCUGAUUAUUGGUGCAAAGGUGGAAACAGUCACAGAGUGGUAGGAAAUGUCUUUUAUGUUUCAGCACCAAUACUAGUCAAUAAAGAUGUUGUUGGGAGAACCAGACAUAAUGUUUCUUGUUCUGUGAUGUCACAUUCAUGUAUAAUAUUUCAUAUGUUUUAUAAAAUCAUAUAAAUGGUUAA